AUGGACUUUGGCAAUUACCGAAGUUCUGAGAAAAACGACUGCCAAUCUUACCCAAGUAGAGAGCAGGAAUCACGCUAUAAAUUCAUUGGAACACCGAAGUACGCCGCUCGUGCUACCCAUCAAGGUCGCGUUGUAAAUAGAAAAGAAGAUAUGGAAUCGUGGUAUUACAUGCUCAAAAAGAUGCCCCGGACUGGACGCUUGAUUCAGUUGGAUAAGGAGCUGCAGAGUCAGUUAUUCUCGUAG